AUUUACUUACUACUACUACUCCAUAAACAUGUCAAAUUAUACUCAUAUGGACCCUAAUCAUAAUCAUGGGGCUGGUCCAGUCGCUACAGUGUUAUGUUGUAACUGUGGUGUGCCUAUGGAUGGUUCCCAAGGGUUAGUUAUGUGUUACGAUUGUAUUAAGUUAACCGUUGAUAUUACCGAAGGGAUUCCCAGGGAGGCAAAUGUGUCAUUUUGUAGAAAUUGUGAAAGAUUCUUGCAACCACCAGGCCAAUGGAUUAGGGCUGAGUUGGAAUCUCGUGAGUUGUUAGCAUUAUGUUUGAGAAGAUUAAAGGGGUUGAAUAAAGUCAGAUUGGUUGACGCUUCCUUCAUAUGGACCGAACCUCACUCUCGUCGUAUCAGAGUCAAGUUGACAGUGCAAGGUGAAGCUAUGGCCAACACUAUUGUCCAACAAACUUUUGAAGUUGAAUAUGUCGUUAUUGCUAUGCAAUGUCCUGAUUGUGCCAAGUCGUAUACUACCAACACUUGGAGAGCUGCUGUGCAAAUCAGACAAAAGGUGCCACACAAGAGAACUUUCUUGUAUUUAGAACAAUUGAUUUUAAAGCAUAAUGCUCAUGUUGAUACUAUUUCCAUUCAAGAAAGUAAGGACGGGUUGGAUUUCUUUUAUUCCCAAAAGAACCAUGCGGCUAAGAUGUUAGAUUUCUUAUCAGCAGUGGCGCCAGUCAAGGCCAAGAAGUCCGAGGAAUUAGUCAGUACUGAUAUCCACUCCGGUUCUUCGCAAUAUAAGUUUUCCUUCUCAGUGGAAAUUGCUCCUAUUUGUCGUGAUGAUUUAGUGGUUUUGCCAAAGAAAUUAGCCCACUCAUUAGGUAACAUUUCCCGUCUUGUGUUGUGUUCUAAAGUUACCAACUCCAUUCAAUUCAUAGAUCCAAAUACUUUACAGAUUGCUGACUUAUCCCCACUGAUAUACUACAGAUCCCCAUUUCCUUCAUUGUUGGAUGCUACUCAAUUAGUUGAAUUCAUUGUUCUCGAUGUUGAACCAACUGGAGAUAUCAGAGGAAAGCAUGUGUUGGCUGAUAUCGAAGUGAGUCGUGCUGCUGAUAUGGGAGUUAAUGAUCAAAGUUUCUAUGUUAGAACUCAUUUGGGUGGUAUUUUACACCCGGGUGAUUCAUGUAUGGGGUACUAUUUGACCAACACUAAUUUCAACUCUGAUUUAUGGGACACAUUAGACAGUGACAAUAUUCCCGAAGUUGUUAUUGUUAAGAAACAUUACGCUAGAAAGAAUAAGAAGAACAAGUACAGAAAGUGGAAGUUGAAGAGAAUGGCCAGAGAACAUCAAGAUAUCGUGGCCAACGAUGAUUCCAGACAAGCUAAACAAGAACAAGAACGUGCUGAAAGAGACUACGAACUUUUCUUGCAAGAAUUAGAAGAAGAUGAAGAAUUGAGACAAACCAUUAACUUAUAUAAAGCUGGUGAAAAUGCUCCUGUUAAAAGUCAUGGUGAUGAUGAAGAUGAAGAAGAUGAAGAUGCUCCUGAAAUUGGUAUUGACGAGUUGUUAGACGAGUUAGAUGAUAUGACAUUGGAAGAUACUCCAAUGGAAGAGUAAGUAGUUGAGUAGUUAAUAUUUUAAUUUUAGCAGUCGCCGUCCCCCC